AUGGACUCUUGGGUUAGAAUGUUGUUUCUCAUUGCUUGCAUUGUUCCUGCUUUAGUUGAGUGCAAAGUGAGGCACUACAAAUUCAAUGUGGUGCUGAAGAAUACCACUAGAUUAUGUUCAAGCAAAUCCAUUGUCACCGUUAAUGGGAAGUUUCCAGGACCCACGCUUUAUGCCAGGGAAGAUGAUACAGUGCUGGUCAAAGUCAGAAACCUUGUCAACCACAAUGUCACUAUCCAUUGGCAUGGUGUGAAACAAAUAAGAACUGGUUGGGCUGAUGGGCCCGCAUACAUCACACAGUGCCCAAUUAUUCCAGGACAAUCAUAUUUGUACAACUUCACCAUUACAGGACAAAGAGGAACCCUUCUUUGGCACGCUCAUGUUAACUGGCUAAGGUCAACUCUCCAUGGUGCCAUAGUUAUCUUGCCAAAGCGUGGUGUGCCAUACCCUUUUCCAAAACCAGAUAAAGAGUUGGUCGUAAUAUUAGGAGAAUGGUGGAAAAGUGAUACUGAAGAUGUUAUCAACGAAGCUCUCAAGUCAGGAUUGGCACCAAAUGUUUCAGAUGUUCAUACCAUAAAUGGCCUACCAGGGAUUGUGUCUGUGGCCUACACAAGUGGGAAGACCUACCUAUUGAGAAUCAUCAAUGCUGCACUCAAUGAGGAGCUUUUUUUCAAAAUUGCUGGCCACUUAUUCACUGUGGUUGAAGUUGAUGCUUCAUAUGUAAAACCCUUCAAGACUGACAAUCUUUUGAUAGCCCCUGGCCAAACCACCAAUGCCCUUUUAAAUACUGACCAAAACUCUGGCAAAUACACAAUUGUAGCCUCUACUUUCAUGGAUUCUCCUGUGGUAGUUGUGGAUAAUUUGACUGCUACAGCCAUAUUACACUACAUUGGAACUCUUGCCACCUUCCCUACAGUUCUCACCACACCUCCUCUAAGAAAUGCCACCCAAGUUGCUAACAAUUUUACCAAGUCUCUUAAAAGCCUUAAUUCCAAGAAAAACCCAGCCAAUGUCCCAUUAACAGUUGAUCAUUCACUUCUCUUCACUAUUGGAUUGGGGAUUAACCCUUGUCCAUCUUGCACAGCUGGCAAUGGGAGUAGAGUAGUGGCUGCUGUCAACAAUGUGACAUUUGUGAUGCCAACUACUGCUUUGCUUCAAGCACAUUACUUCAACACUCAAGGGGUGUUCACCACCGAUUUCCCUGGCAACCCUUCUCAAGUUUACAACUACACAGCGUCUCCACCGGUGGCGAGUUCCCAGACCACAAAUGGCACCAAGGUUUAUAGGCUAGCAUUCAACUCUACAGUUCAGGUUGUUUUGCAGGAUACUGGAGUCAUUGCUCCCGAGAGCCACCCAGUUCAUCUUCAUGGGUUCAAUUUCUUUGUUGUUGGCUCAGGUGUAGGAAACUAUGAUCCCAAAACAGAUCAAAGUACCUUUAACCUUGUAGAUCCUGUUGAGAGGAACACAAUUGCAGUUCCAACUGGAGGAUGGACUGCGUUCAGAUUCAGAGCAGAUAAUCCAGGAGUGUGGUUCUUGCACUGCCAUUUCGAGGUGCAUACAACGUGGGGGUUAAAGAUGGCAUUCUUGGUGGACAAUGGUAAAGGUCCUAAUGAAUCAUUGAUACCCCCACCAAAUGAUCUUCCAAAAUGCUGA